GGAUAUGAGCAUCUCAAACACAACUAUGGAUGAGUUCAGGCAACAUCUACAGGCCACUGGGGUAUCUUUAGGUGGUGUUGAUCUCACAGUCCGGGUGCUCACAACAGGGUACUGGCCCACUCAGUCAGCCACACCAAAGUGCAACAUCCCACCAGCACCAAGACACGCUUUUGAGAUAUUCAGAAGGUUUUACUUGGCCAAACACAGUGGCCGACAGCUCACACUCCAGCAUCACAUGGGCUCUGCAGACCUCAAUGCCACCUUCUAUGGACCAGUUAAAAAGGAAGAUGGAUCUGAAGUUGGCGUUGGAGGCGCACAAGUAACUGGCUCUAAUACACGGAAGCAUAUAUUGCAAGUCUCCACUUUCCAGAUGACCAUAUUAAUGCUCUUCAAUAAUAGAGAAAAAUACACGUUUGAGGAAAUUCAACAGGAGACCGAUAUCCCUGAAAGAGAACUUGUUAGAGCCCUGCAAUCCCUCGCCUGUGGUAAACCAACACAGCGGGUCCUCACCAAGGAGCCCAAGUCAAAGGAGAUAGAAAAUGGUCACAUAUUUACAGUUAAUGAUCAGUUCACGUCCAAACUACACAGAGUCAAGAUUCAAACAGUUGCUGCCAAGCAAGGUGAAUCUGACCCGGAAAGGAAAGAAACAAGGCAGAAAGUGGACGACGACAGAAAACACGAGAUAGAAGCUGCUAUAGUGCGGAUAAUGAAAUCUAGGAAGAAAAUGCAGCACAAUGUGUUAGUAGCAGAGGUAACUCAGCAGUUGAAGGCGCGAUUCUUACCAAGUCCAGUUGUUAUUAAAAAACGUAUCGAAGGACUUAUUGAGAGAGAAUAUUUGGCACGAACACCUGAGGAUCGCAAAGUAUACACAUAUGUAGCAUAAAAUGCGUUCAGAAACUUGAUUUAUUAUUGGACUGUACUCUUCUCAUGGACUGGGAAGUUCUUUUAAAUCAUUAAAUAUUAAGACGACCAUCUCUUCUAUUAAAUUACAGUACAUGUUCUAGACCAUUCAGAUCAAGCCUUUACUCCCUUUGAGAGUUUUCAACAUCAAUUGAUUGAGCUUCAGGCUUUACAAUGUUUAUCCCUGUAGAGAUCAUCUUUACAGUUCCUCGGGAAAAUGUGAAUGUGCUGAGUUUUGUUUUCAAUACUGUAUGAAAACAGGAAAAAAUAAAACAAAAUUUAGAAAAUACA